AUGAGCAUUCAAGGUUUUUGGGGAUUAGCUUGUAAUCCUGGAAAGACUUAUAGUCAAGUUGUAUCUGCACCUUUUCGUAUUGCCAUGGCUUCUCUUACUGAAGAAGUAAAAGAUAAUAAGCGUACAACCAUUUCUGUUGUUGUAGAUAAUAAAGAAUUUGUUCUUUGUACAUUAAUUCCUAACAAGAUUGAACAACAAGCUUUGGAUAUUACUUUUGUCGAAGGUGAAGAAGUUACCUUUUCUGUCAAGGGCGCCAAUGUUGUUCAUUUAACUGGUAACUACGUUUUCAACGAUGAAGAUGAAGAGUUAGACUCCGAAAAUAAUUCUGAAUCUGAUGACGAAGAAUUUGAUGCCGAAGAAUUUUUGAAGCAAUUCCCCCCUGGUACAAAACCCGAAGAUAUCCAAGCCUUAUUAAAUGAACAAGGUGAUUCUGAUGAAGAAAUUGAUAGUGAUGAAGUUGUUUCUGCUGAAGAAGUUGAUUCAAAUGAUGAAGAAGAGGAAGAAGAAGAAGAAGAAGAAGAGGAAGAGGAAGAAGAAAAACCUGUUGUUAAUAAGAAGCGUCCUGCAGAAACUGCUGGUAAAGAACAAGCUUCUAAAAAACAAAAGCCUGAACCCAAAAAGGCUGAACCUAAGGUAAAGAAGGAAGAACCCAAGAAGGAAGAGCCCAAGAAGGCUGAACCUAAGAAGGCUGAACCUAAGAAGGCUGAACCUAAGAAAGAAGAGCCUAAGAAGGAAGAACCUAAGAAGAAGGAGGAACCUAAGAAGAAGGAGGAACCUAAGAAGAAGGUUACUAAGCUUCCUAAUGGUCUUAUAAUUGAAGAUGUAAAGAUCGGUGAGGGUGUUUCUUGUAAAGCUGGUCAGAGAGUUGGCAUGCGUUAUAUCGGUAAACUUACUACCGGUAAGGUCUUUGAUAAGAAUAUCUCAGGCAAGCCUUUCUCUUUCCUUUUGGGUCGCGGUGAAGUUAUUAAGGGUUGGGAUAUUGGUGUUGCUGGUAUGAAGGUUGGAGGUGAACGUAGAUUGACCAUUCCCGCUCCUUUGGCUUAUGGUAAGCGUGGCGCACCUCCUGAUAUUCCUAAGAAUGCUACUCUCGUUUUUGACGUCAAAUUAGUUUCUAUGAAAUAAACUUAUUUAAUUAUAUAAGUUAAAAAAUUAUUAUUGUAUAUAUUCUUAUAAUAACAAUUAAAGAAAUUUUUAAAUAAAUAAAAAAAAACAGAUUAUAAAAU